GAAGCUAAUCUUGGAGUAAAUGAUAUAUUAUCUUUCAAUCUUUAUAUCGAACUUGAUGAUCUUGUAUUGAAUACUGCACAUCAAGAUGCAAAAAAUACAAAACACAAUAAAUUAAACCUGAAGAUUGGCGGUUCUAAAUCUG